GAGAUAUACCAUAAACCUAACCGCCGUUUAAACCCCACCCACGCUGACAUUGACCAUAACCUAAUUCUCGAAGGCACUGACUGCUACCUUUCGUAAUCACUGUAGGAAGCAACGAGAGCUUGGCUGCUUCAUCUAUGGCUGCUGCUGUAAAUGAUUCGGGCUUGGAAGCACUGGAGAAGCUUAAAUCAACGGAACCACCAGUUUUUCUAGCGCCAAGCUCGAUAUCUUCGGUGGCUCGUGUUGCAUCUCAGUACCUCUUCACCAAGUUGAAGCCUCACAACCCUAAGUCUCCUUUCGAUGAGCUCUUGGUUGAUGGUUUUGACGCGGAGCAGAUUUGGCAGCAGAUUGAUAUGCAGUCUCAACCUUUGUUGUCGAGUUUGCGACACGAAGUCAAGCGAUUUGCUAAAAACCCUGGAGAGAUUCGCAAGCUCGGAGAUUUGGCCCUCGAGGUUUCUCAUGAGGGUGAUGUUGAUGAGAUGGAUAUGGAUGGGGUUGACUCGGAUAAUGAGGGUGGGGAUGACGGGGAUGAACUAGAAGCUGACCAAAGCCAAGGAGAAGAGGAAGAGGAAGAGGAGGAUGGAGAAGAUGAAGAAGCUGAAGAGGAGGAGGAGAAUGGUGAAGAGAAUGAAGGAAUAGAGGACAAGUUCUUCAAGAUCAAAGAUUUGGAGGAUUUUUUAGAGGAGGGUGAAGCUCUAGAGUAUGGGACUACUGACUACAAGAACAAUAAAGGAGUUUCAAAGAGAAAUAACCAAAAUUUUAGUGAUGAUGAUGACGAGGACGAGGAGGAGGAUGAAGAAGAUGACGAGGAUGAAGAAGAUGACGAGUUUGGUGCUUUUGCUGGUGAUGACAAUGAAGACGCUGACAAUUUGGGAAAGGCCAGGUAUGAAGAUUUCUUCGGUGGUAAAAAGAAGGAGACUAAAAAGACGAUGAAACAUGUCUUUGAAGAUGAGGAAGCUGGAGAUGGAAACCAAGGCAAUGAAAAACUCUCUACCCAUGAGAAAGAACUGCUAAAGCUUCAAUCCAAGAUUGAACAGAUGGAGAAAGCAAACUUAGAUCCUAAACACUGGACUAUGCAGGGAGAGGUAACUGCUACAAAGAGGCCAAAGAAUAGUGCUUUAGAAGUUGAUUUAGAUUUUGAGCACAAUGCCAGGCCUCCUCCUGUAAUCACUGAAGAGGUCACUGCCUCACUUGAGGAUAUGAUCAAAAGCAGAAUCAUUGAGGGUCGUUUUGAUGAUGUUCAACGACCGCCUAGUCUGCCCACUAAAUCCAAAAGAGAAGCCAAGGAAUUGGACGAUAGUAAAAGCAAGAAAGGUCUUGCCGAAGUUUACGAGGAAGAAUACGUGCAGAAAUCAAAUCCAGCCUUCGCUCCAGCAACUUUCUCUGAUGAACUAAAGAAAGAGGCAAGCAUGCUAUUCAAGAAACUAUGCCUGAAGUUGGAUGCUCUCUCCCACUUCCAUUUUACACCUAAACCAGUAAUAGAAGAAAUGUCGAUACAGACAAACGUCCCAGCCAUAGCAAUGGAAGAGGUUGCGCCAGUGGCAGUGUCAGAUGCAGCAAUGCUUGCUCCAGAGGAAAUAUUUGCGGGGACAGGGAAGAUUAAGGAUGAGUCAGAGCUUACACAGGAAGAGAGGAAGAGAAGGAGAGCUAAGAAGAAGAGAAAGUUCAAAGCUGAAUCUGCAAAACAACCAGUGAAGAAGGCGCGGGAUACUAAUACAGAGAUCCAGAACUCCGUUGCAGGCAAUGAAUAAUGGUAAAAGAGUGGAGAGAGAGAUACAGCCGUGCAGAUACAAGGUCAUAAGAGUUCAGUCAAGAGCAGUGCAUUUUGAUUUAUGGAAAAAAAGAAUCUACUACACAAGGCCACUAAACAAAAGACUACUUGAAGAUUGGAUAGUAGCCAAGGGUUUUGCAUGUCAGAUAUAUUUGAAUCUCUCUUUUUUUUACUGUUUAAGGUGGAUAAUUUUGUUAAGACAAUCAUGAUGAAACAUAUGCCUUUGACCUUGAUAUUUAUGCACUUUUAAAGA